GGAGAAGUCUGCGGGGGAGCAGGAUCGGUGCUGCCGCGAGGGCUCUGCCGCGCCACAGCCCAGCGAUGGUCUAGGAGGCAGCGGGACCAUGAAGGGCUUAGGAGAUAACAGGAGUCGCCACCUCUCCGACAACCUGGACUCCCCUCAGGACUCCCUGUAUGCCCCCCAGGACCGGAACCCUUACCUCCUCAGCCCCACCGACUCCUUCGCCAUGGACCCGCGGUUCCCGGCCCAGAGCGCCCUGCACGGCGACUGCCUGCUGCCGCUCAACAACCAGAUCUCCAGCAGCAGCACCUUCCCCCGCAUCCAUUACAACUCCCACUUCGAGGUCCCGGACGACAGCCCCUUCCCAAGCCAUGCCCAGGCCACCAAGAUCAACCGCCUGCCCGCCAACCUCCUCGACCAGUUCGAGAAGCAGCUGCCCAUCCACAGGGACGGCUUCAGCACGCUGCAGUUCCAGCGCGGCGACGCCAAGCACCGCAGCGAGAGCCCCGGGCGCAUCCGCCACCUGGUCCACUCCGUCCAGAAGCUGUUCGCCAAGUCCCAGUCCCUGGAGGGCCCCGCCAAAGGCAACGUGAACGGCAAGAAGGGGGGGGACGAGCCCAAGCAGAACAGGAGGAGCAAGAGCAAGGACCGGGCGAAGACGUCGGAGCCCAAGCGCAGGACCAGGUCCAACAUAUCAGGCUGGUGGAGCUCCGACGACAACCUGGACAGCGACACCUGCAGCUACCGCAACCCCAUGGGGCUGAUGACGCUGGGCCGGCAGCCCGACCACAGCCAGCCCAAGUACUUCAUGCACGCCUACAACACCAUCAGUGAGCACAUGCUGAAAUCCUCCAAGAGCAAUAACGACCUCAAGGUCACCCCCUGCACCAACAUCCCCAUCAACAGCGACUCCAACUACAUCAAGAGGGGCUCCUGGUCCACGCUGACCCUCAGCCACGCCCGGGAGGUAUGCCAGAAGGCCUCCGCCACCAUCGACAAAGCCUUGCUGAAAUCCAAGUCCUGCCACCAGGACUUGGCCUACCACUACCUGCAGGAUGUGCCGGCGUGCCCAGUAAGCCCUGCUCUACAGAGCUUCCCUGGAGUGCUGGUGCCGCAGGGGGAGUGGAGCAGCAGCCUGUCCCGGGACAAGGACAGCGAGAUCCCGUGCCGGCGCAUGCGGAGCGGCAGCUACAUCAAAGCCAUGGGGGAUGAUGACAGUGAGGACUCAGAAACCAGCCCCAAACCAUCCCCAAAAACUGCAGCUCGGAGGCAGAGUUACCUCAAGGCCACCCAACAGUCCCUGAGUGAGCAGAGCACUACGCAAAGGAGCCUGGACCGCCUGGACUCUGUCGAGAUCCUCCUACCUCCGAAGUUCCCCACCUGGGAGGAAGAAUACAACCAGAUCCCGGACAGCGUCCCCGAGCCCAGCUGCAUCAACCAGAUCUUUGGAGCCCCCUUACUUAUCCCUCAGAUAUUUACCCAUGGAGAGCAGGCAGCGGAGCCGGAGCUGGGCGAGCAGUACGAGGCGGUCUGCGACUCGACCUACAGCGAGCCCGAGUCUGCCGCCGCCGAGGUGCUGGACCUGCCCCUGCCCAGCUGCUUCCGCUCGCGGAGCCACAGCUACCUCCGAGCCAUCCAGGCAGGCUGCUCCCAGGAAGAGGACACCGGCUCCGUCCGCUCCAUCUCCCCUCCGACCACCGGCAGCCUCAGCGGCAGCAGGACCCUGCCCACCAACAGCAGUUCCUCCUGCCUAGUGGCAUAUAAAAAGACUCCACCUCCCGUCCCGCCUCGGACCACCUCCAAGCCGUUCAUCUCGGUGACGGUGCAGAGCAGCACGGAGUCGGCGCAGGACACGUACCUGGAGAGCCAGGAGCACAAGAGCGAGGUCACCAGCCAGUCCGGGCUCAGCAACUCCUCCGACAGCCUGGACAGCACCCGCACGCCCAGCGUGACGCGGGGCAGCCUGGCCGCGCACGGCGACGCCCCCGACCCGCCGCAGAAGAAUGCCACUCUGAAGAGCGACAAAGGGACUCUGACCAGCGAGGAGCCCAAAGCCGAGCCCGUCCCCAAAAGGAAGCUCUCGUCCAUAGGGAUCCAAGUUGACUGCCUACAGCCGGUAGUGAAAGAGGAGCCUGCUCCCGUGGCCACCAGAUUCCAGUCCAUCGGGGUGCAGGUAGAGGACGAGUGGCGGAACAGCCACUCCCGCAGCAUGUCCUCCAAACAGGACACAGACUCUGACACGCAGGAGCCCAACAACUCCAGCUGCAAAUCAUCUGAGAGAAGCCUCGCUGAGUGCCCCCAGCACAACAGCUCCGUUGGUGCUGAUGCCACUACCCGGCAACCAGCCAAGCCCUCACAGAUAAAGAGAAACCUCUCCUAUGGAGAAAACAAUGACCCAGCCCUGGAGCCUUCCUCUCUCCCUCCUCCUGACCCCUGGCUUGAGACGUCCUCCACCUCCCCCUCAGAGCCCACGCAGCCGGGAGCCUGCCGGCGGGACGGGUUCUGGUUCCUGAAGCUGCUGCAGGCAGAGACGGAGCGGCUGGAGGGCUGGUGCCGCCAGAUGGACCAGGAGACCAAAGAGAACAACCUCUCUGAAGAAGUCUUAGGAAAAGUCCUGAGUGCAGUGGGCAGUGCACAGUUGCUAAUGUCACAGAAGUUCCAGCAGUUCCACGGCCUCUGUGAGCAGAACUUGAACCCUAAUGCCAAUCCCAGACCCACAGCCCAGGACUUGGCAGGGUUUUGGGAUCUCCUGCAGCUGUCCAUUGAAGACAUCAGCAUGAAGUUCGAUGAGCUGUACCACCUGAAGGCUAACAGCUGGCAGCUGGCAGAGACACCGGAGAGGAAGGAGGAGAAGAAGCCACCCCCGCCCGUGCCAAAGAAGCCAGCCAAGGCCAAGUCCCAGCUGAACCGGGACAAAGGCUCUGACGGCGACAAGCAGCGGCAGGAGGCUCGCAAGCGGCUGAUGGCGGCCAAGAGGGCAGCCUCGGUGCGGCAGAACUCGGCCACCGAGAGCGCAGACAGCAUCGAGAUCUACGUGCCCGAGGCACAGACGCGGCUGUGAGCGGCCCCCGCCGCGCCCCGCGGGCUGCCGCCGCCGCCACGAACCCAACCCACGCAACACGCAGGCGAAAGCCGCUCCCGAAACCGCUCCGUCGGUCCGGACACUCCUUGAGCCAUCCCUCGAAAGGGCUCCCCCUCCGCUGGGUUUUUUUCCUCUCUCUCUCAGCUUUAAGUAAUGAAGAUUUUAAACGAAACAAACAACAAAAACCCCAAGCGAACAAUAAACGGAAACAGACAAACGAACAGCAACACAAAAAGGAACAAAAUGGGGAAAAAAAGGAAAAAAUACCCCCCCCCCCCCCCUUCCCCCUUCCUCCCCCGGCCCCCCCCCGGGGCCGCUCCCUGCCUGGCUGCGGUGCUGCCCAAGGGACCGAAGGACACCGGUGGGAGCCGCAGCCCCUGGCCCGCACCGCUCCUCCGCCGGGAUCACCGCUGGGUGUCUGCAGCGAGAGGACGACAGAACACAGAGCCUUCAGCACUUGCCCCGCCGUCUUCUUCCUCCUCCUCCUCCGUUCUGUUCUUCCCUGCCAUCCUUUAUUUUCUCCUCCUUUCUCUCCCCCCCCCCCCCCCUUUGCAUGGCUUCAUUUCCCGGGUCAGAAGUCACCCCGGAGGGCAGAGCCGGGCACAGUUGGUGCUCCUGGUGCACUCUGCCCACAAGCAGCCUCCUGGGCAUGGCUUUUUGCUUUUCGGUUUGCCUUUUUUUCCCUCUUUUUGCUGGGGAUGCUGGGGGCAGGGGGAGGAUGGGUGGGCAGGGAAGGGGCAGAGGGUUGGUGUUGCUCUGUCUGCCCGCAGAGAGAAGCUGGCAGGGUCUGGGUGGUGGAAAUGCAGCCCGGCAACAAAUGUGCAAUAAGCUGGCAAAGGAGAGGGGGGAGGGGGGGGAAAGGAAUAGGCACAGGACCCUACCCUGGGCACAGGACCCUGCCCCAGGCACAGGACCCUAACCUGGGCACAGUACACUAGAUGGGGCACAGGAUCCCACCCCGGGCACAGGACCUUACCCUGAGCACAAGACCCUGACCUGGGCACAGUACCCUAGAUAGGGGCACAGGAUCCUACCCUGAGCACAGGACCCUGACCUGGACACAGUACCCUAGAUGGGGGCACAGGACCUUACCCUGAGCACAGGACCCGGACCUGGGCACAGUACCCUACCCUGGGCACAGGACCCCCGCUCGGGCACAGGAGGGGAGCUGAAGGGUGGCAGAGCAACCCUGGGCACGAAUCUCAUUUGCUUCACUUGGAUUUGCGUUUUUUCUCCUCUCCCCGUCACAAAACCAGUUUGGGUUUGGGUUUUCUGGGCUGUUUUUUUGCCCGUUCGUUGCGCGAGAAGCUGCUGCACUCGGCGGGGGGCGGGAGCCGAGAUGGGGCCGGGGGAGGCGCAGGGGGCAAGGCUGGUGCUGGGGGGGGCUGUACAAAGGACAGGUGGGGGGCGAGGGGCGGCCGUGCGGCUGCCUGCCCUGCUGCCCGUCCGUGUACAUAAUGCACAUACUACACUUAGCAGUAGCUGUACCUCGGGUCCCUGCCCGGGCGGAGCUGUGCCCGGGCGGGCAGAGGCUGUGCCAGGGAGCCGGCUGGGCGCGGGGCAGAUGUACAGCAUAUAUUUUUACAUGUACUAUAUCUAGCUGUGUGUAAAAGUGUGUGUAAAAAUAUAGACCCUGUGUGUAA